CGACCAUAAAAAAUUUGAAAGCAAGAAUAAGCUGCUUCAAAAAUUUAUAACCAAGUGUUAUUUAAUUACAUUAAAAGUUCUUUGAAUAUCGAAAUUGUGUUCACAAAGUUUAAAUCGUGAUAAACGUGAAUCGAUAUAGGAAUCGUGAGAAAUUGUCUGUUAAAGAAAGAUAAAGUUAAAUGAAAAAAAUCCUCGUGAAAAAAACGAGAGAGUGAGAAAGAACGAAAAGAAAAAAAAGUUAAAAUUGAAAAAUUAUUAAGAAAUUGAUUAAGUUGAGAGUGGAAAAUAGUUAAAAGAUUGUCAAAAUUCCGGUCCUAAAUCGAAAUAACAGUACUAGAAGAGAAGAUAUAUCUUCUGAGAAUAUGAUGAAUAAAAGAAAAAAUUCAAGCAGAUCUGCUGGAUCAGGCAAUAAUACUACGAAUCGUUCUUCACCAAGAUCGAGAGGACCAAUAGCUGAGGGUGUUUAUAAUAAUUCACAUUUUCUACAUGCAGCAGCAUCUCAAGUAGGAAAUAAUGUUCGAGUUAAGACAAAAGGUGGUGUAGUUGUUGAAGGAAUUUUUAGGACAUUUUCGGAAAAUUUUCAUAUUGCUCUUGAGGUACCACAUCGCUAUCAGAACGGUGGAGAUGAUAAAAAAAUAAAUGUUGAUACAGUACAGGAUAAUUUGAUUAUCAAAUUGUGUGACAUUGUAACAAUUGAAGCCAAAGAUGUUGAUUUAGAAUAUGCAACGCGCGACACAUUUCAAACUGAUACAGCAAUUGCAUCGCGAUUAAAUGGUCCAUUUCGACACGGCGAAAAAGAACUCGAGCCUUGGAUGGAUGGGCCAGAGACUGCAAUAAAUGGCGAAAUGAAUUCAGGCUUAGAAUUGGAUACGAAAGUAAAUGGAUGGGAUGCAAAUGAAAUGUUUUCAUUGAACGAAAAAGAGCACGGAAUCAAGACUACAUUUAAAGAUAAUUUGGAAAGUUAUACAGUACAAAUCGAAAAGAAGGAUACAAUGGAUUUCCGAAAGCAAGAAUUGGAAGCAGAGCGUAUCGCAAAUGAAAUUGAGAACAAUCCAACAACAAAGGAGCGUUUAGAUUUAGAAAAUGGCGAUGAGGAGACUGUAUUUGCAGCCGUUGCACGUCCUGAGGAUCAAAAUAGCAAUAUCAUUAGUAAUAGUACUAAUAAUAAUAGUGAAAAGUUGACACCACCUCCCUCUUCACAAAACAAAUAUAUACCGAAGCAGCAGCGCACUCAAACAAAAAUGAUGCCAGGCAGCAAGAUGUAUUCAAAGCCAAUACAGUCUGUACAGACUGUUCCGCAACAACAACAGCAGCAGCAGCCUGUGCAACAAACUGUAAUUAAUGGUGGUGCUGGAUUUAAAACAAUUACAAUUAAUCCUCCACAUCAAUUCAAUCAGCCACCCCCUUCACAUUAUGUUACACAACAACAACAAAAUCAACAGUCACAGCAAAUUCAACAUAACCAGCAAGUUUUGAAUAACCCAGAAGUUAAUAAAAUGAAUAAUGAUGGACGUGAAAUGGGUCGAGAAAAUAGCAAUAAUAAUAAUAAUAAUAAUAGUAAUAAGUCAAUGCCACCUCCUCGUAAUAUGAGAAUUAUGAAUCCACCACCACAGAUUCCUACUUCUUUCUCUGAACCGCCACCACAAUUAAAUCAAGUUCAGCAGCAACAAGUCUCAAAUCAACAUAUGGGGAAACCAAUUAAUAUGCACAUCCCGCCACCUCAUCUACAAGCUGUACAGACAGUUUCACAAGAUGGUCCACAACCAACGACUGUUCAUGUCCUUCCUCAACCGGUUGUUGUUGUUGCUCAUCCAUCACAAAUUACUAUUCAUCCUGGUCAACAACAGCGUCCUCAAAGAGACCCAAUAAUGCGCUCGAGAAAUGAUGAUAUUCGUUCAUUAAGGCAAUUCCAUAAUGACUUUCAAAUGGCUCCUCCUUCAGCGCCACAACAAUCGUCACAAGCUAUUCAAACUAUGCCUCCACAACAACGACCCGAAAUGCAAGACAAUGGACAAAUGGUUCACAUCCCACAACAAUCACAACAAAAUUCUUCGGGUCCAACAAGUGUUGAUAAUUCUCAACAACCGCCUCCACACAUGAAAUCACAUGUAAAUAAUAACAACAAUAACAACAAUAAUAAUAAUAAUGCAAAUAUAAAUCAUCAUAUAACUCAUCAUCCAACCCCAUCAUCGACUCCUCAUCAAGAAAAAUCACAUGGACCGAGUACACCACCGCAAGCUAUUACGCCACAGCAGCAAAAUGUAAAUAGUGUAAUAAGUAAUAACACUUCAUCAAGUUCUGGAAUAAAUUCAACGUUGAGCGACGUGUCAAGUGGAAACGAUAAGGCAACUUUAGGCACAAAGAAAUUCACAUUGAAUCCACAAGCAAAACCAUUCACGCCGAGAAACCCAAGCACCCCAAACCAAUCGAGUCGACCACACACUCCACAAACUCCUGGACCAAUGGCACAAGCUCCUCAGCAGCAGCAGCAACAGCCGAUUCCACCACCCCAGCAGCAAGUUGUUUAUGCACCAAGCGGACCUUUACUUUAUAUUGUACCAUCUCAACAAAGGCCAACCGCACAAGCAACAUUAACCAGAAAAACGCAAUUUCACCAAUUCCAAGUUACACAAGCAACAGGACAGCCAAUUUUCAAUCCACCCGCUCCACCACAGGCUGUUAUGCCUUAUCAUCAAAUGCAGACUGUUCAGUCGCAGACAUAUCCGCAAGCGAUCAGAAUGUAUCCACACGAAAUAUCUGCCCAACAGCAGCCACAUUUAACAUCAUAUUUGGUUCCUACACCGCCAUCUACAACUCCUUCGCCAGGACAGCCUCAUCAACAAACUUUCCAUCCAGGACCUCAACAAUCUGCAGGACCUCCCACACAAACUUUUCAACCACCAGGAUCAUAUGUUAUGUUAAUGCCCAGUAAUGCACCACCAUUUGUCUAUAAUCAACAUAACCCACAAUCAUUUCAAAUUGUCUCAAGCGCAAUGCCACAACAACAACAUCCGGCCCAGUAGCACUCAGAUUCAAGUGAUGUUGCAAAAUUGAUGACGACGACAAAUAAAAAGUUUAAACAAAUGAAAAUUGAAUCAUCAACAUCAUCAUCACAAUCAUCAAUUUUAACAGCAGCAACACCACAAUCUAAUAUUAUGACACAACAAAAUCAACAGCCACAACAUAUUCAUCAUCAGCAUCUACAUUCGCAUAGUAAUAAUAAUAAUCAUUAUCAGCAAGCACUUCCUCAACCGCCACAAAUUCAUCGUAAAACGUCAUCAUAUUACAAUGGAAUGGUACAUAAUUAGAUAAGUGAUAAAACUUUUACUUCCUUCCCUUUGAUUUUUCCCAUUCGACUCAAUCUAAAAGGAAUAAGAAAAAAAAACAUUAAUGAAUAGUCAUAGAUUGAUUCUCAUUAAUCAUGUUGAACAUAAUUAAAGGAUAUUGGCACAUUUUAAUGCAAAAUGCCAUCAAAAUAUUCAAUGCUUAUACAUUUUUGCAUGCGACUAAUAUAUAGUUCUAAACAUUGACGAAAUAUUGAUGACAAAUUUUGUGUCACACUGUUGAAGCCAGUUUUCGAGGAUUAAAAGAUUUUUUAAUUGUGUUUUUACUUUAUCCUCUAUCCUGUAAUUAAUAAUAAUCCAUGAGAUUGAUUGAUUGAGAUAGCUAGACAAGUGAAUUCGAUAAUUGCGCUGUAUAAAGUUAUUGCUAUGAGAAGGUGCUGGAAGUAUAUGUUCAUCUAUUCAUAUCGAAGGAUAUCCAACAAUAAAAAUAGGGAAUGAAUGAAUAAGUGAAUGUUUGUUGAAACAAAAAAAUAAUAAUAAUAAUAGAUGAUGACGAUAAUAUGUUGGUGAUGAUAGUAGUAUGAAAUUUAUAAUUUCAUGAUAUAGACGACAGUGGGAAAAGUAAAAAAGUUAAAAUGCUGUCUUAAAACAAGCGAAGAUGAAGAAGAAGAAGAAGAAAAAAAAAAUUAUGAAAAUCAAACUACAAUUCCUAGGUUUUGCUCUACAAAAGAUUCUUUUUGUAAAAAAAUGUUGUAUCCAUUCACUGUAACUGUUUUCUUUGUUUUAAUAUACCUCAUUUUAUUAUCCAAUUUUUUCGUACAUGUAUACAAAAUAUUAAUGUAUAAUUUAAAUUUUGUCACAAUAAUUCUUAAAAAGCUUUCUCAUUUUUAAAUGUAUCUCUUUACUCUUCCGAUUUUCCCAUAAUUUAAUUAUCAAAAAAAAUUUCAGUUUUUUUUCCUUUAACUUUAUUAUUUUUAUUGAUUAAUUAAUAUUAUUAUUAUUUGUCAUUUUUUUUUUCAUUCAAAUAAAUCUUUACACGUGCAUUUUCCUUAAAACACAUACACUACGACACAUACAGACACUUUUACACACACAAAAAAAAAUCUUAAAAUUAUUAAAGAUAAGAAGAAAAUUUUAAUUGAGAUUUCUGAAUUCGAUAUAGCAUGGCAUAAGGAAUUUGGCAUGUCGCAUCGUGUUCAAAAAUUAGUUAAAUUCAAGUUUUAGUCAAAUCACUGAUUGACUCUGACCGAAUGAAUGAAUGAGUUCCUUCAAAAUAAAAGUGUUGAAGGAGAAGCAAAAAAAUAAAAAUAGUAAAAAAAAACUAAUUUAAAUUUCAUUUUCGCUUUUGGCGAGCAUUUCAAAUUUAAGCGAAUUUUGUUUUUUCGGACUAGAAUUGGAAAUUGAAGGAAAUGCUCACUUCAAGACAAAAAAAAAGAUCGUUUUUUGAAUCUAAUUUUUUUUAUUUAAGUUAUUUCAAACAAAAUGAAAACUGAAAGCGAAAAGAAAAAUCUUUUAUUUUUCAUUACGCAUAAAAGUCUACAAAUGAAAAGCUUCAAGCAAUUUUGCAAAAUAUUUUUGGCGCAAGAGUUUUUGCUAGUUACACAAGAGUGAUACGCUAUAAAGAAAGAAUAAAAUAAAAUGACGAGAAAAAUUCUAAUGUUCAUGAAAUAAAAAGGAUGGAAGUGUUAACAGAAAAAAAGUGAGAAUCACUCUCUCAAAAAGAUAUGUUGUUGAAAUAAAUAAAAAAAAGACUUGAAAGUGUGGAGACUUAAAAAAGAAGAAAAAAAGAAAUUUGAACAGAAUAAUAAAAAAAAAUUGAAAUAAAAAAAUAGUGCAGAAAAACGUGAAACGCCAA